AUUCGCGCCGAUACAGAGGGCCUGUGAUGUGUAAUGUGUGUUUUAAAGUGACCAAUCUUGAAGUGAUAGACACAACACUUGAUUCAAUCCAGUUCUGCAACGUCAGGAAAUUGAUUUGUUUCUUAUUUAAAGCACAACAUCGCACAUCCAUAUCUUGAUUUUUUUUAGGAUUUAAACCAAGGACCGACUCAGUCAUGUCAGCCAACGUUAGCAAUCUAACAGAAUUAAAAAAUAACAAGAAGAGACAAGGUAAGGCAUUUAUUUGAUUAGAUGUGUAAGAUUGGGUGGGGAACGAUACGACUUUUUCACUCAAUGUUUUGAUGGACAGCGUCAGAAGCUUUGUCAGUCAAAGUAUUAAACACAUUUUGAAAAUAAAAAAUCUUUGCAUUGUUUUGUAUAAAUUUAAUUUCGACCCAUUAUUAUUCUUGCAACUUACAAAAAAAAAUGGGGUCCGGACUAUUUGUCUCAAUGUGGUUUUCUGACAUUUUCAUUCAGUUUGUGGGAGACAACAUUAAGAAAUUCUAAAUUACUAGACAAAGUCUUCAUCUAUUUAAUUACAUUAACUGCAUAUAUAAAUAUCUAUAAGUGCUACAACUCUGGUACACUUUAACUGAUACAUACUUAUUUUAACCGUUACAUAGACACAUUACGUGAUUGAUAGAAAAUAUUUAUGGUAAAUGUUGGUCGAUCUCGUAAGAUACAGUGUUGUGGGAACAAACAUGUGCUAAGCUGCAUUGAGAUGUCUCUUUAGCUGUAAGAAAUGUACAGCUAGUUGCAAGCAUCACUAAAAAUAGAUUAUAGAUCAAUAACUUUUGUGAUAUAUCGUUGUUUUAAACAAGAAGACUAGAAAUAAAAGAACUAAGAAAAUUUGAACUCAAAAUCGCAAAGGACAGACUAUCCUCCCAUUUAACGAUACCAAUAACAGAACUAGAUGCAAUUUAAAAAAAAAUAAUAAUUUUAGUAAGUGUGUUCACUAAGCUUAAUUUUUUUUUAUAUAAAACUAAGUGUUAUAUUUUGCCUGUGUCAACAUGGAUUUUGAUGUUGUAAACCCAUCAGUAGAGGCAUCAGACAAAUGUUCUAGAAAGGAGCUAUUUUCUAUUGCUAAAGAUUUAGGAAUAAGUGUAGCUCAUUUGGCAGUAAAAAAAAAAACCGUACGAGAUAUGAUCAGUGGAUGUGUUGUGAGAGAACGAAAUAGCCUCACUCACACAACCACAUGAUCCUAGUAUGGAGCUCCAACUAAAGCUCAAACAGCUGGAGCUAGAAAAAGAACGUGAGCUUAAACAAAUGGAGCGAUAAGCUCAGAGAAAGAGAGAUGAAAAAUUACGAGAGCUACAGAGAGAGAAACAAGAAAACGCUUUAGAGCUAAAAAUAAAAUUAAAAGAAAUGAAAAUAACGGCCAGUUUGGGAACAAUGGAAAAUAGAUUCACGGCUCCUGCCGGUCAGGGUUGCGAUGCAAUUAAAUAUUCAAAAGGAAUCCAAUAAUUUUUAUAAAAAAUAGGUUGACCAAUAUUUUGCACAGUUUGAUAUAAAUGCACACAAUUUUAACAUUCCUGAAAUUAUGUGGUCUAGCUUACUGCAAACUGCUUUGACUGGAAGGGCAGCCGAAGUUUUUGUGUCCUUGAACGCGGAACAGCGCGGGGACUAUAACCUUGUAAAAUCCUUAAUACUUAAGGCUUAUGAAUGUGUCCCCGAAGCAUACCGUAAAAAGUUUAGGGAGCUGUGGAAACGUGAUGGCCAGACUCAUGUUGUGUUUCUCCGGAAAAAAAGAACGGCUCCUGGACAAGUGGCUGCACGCAACCGAAACCAACACAGACUUCAAAAAGUUCAAGAACCUCAUUCUGAUAGAGGAUUUCAAGAAUAUUUAUAAACAAAAGUUGCUGUUGAUGAUCAAUGAUUGCAAAAUUCAAUUGAUUGAAAACACUACAUCUUUUCUCAAAUAAACCUUUCUAUUCACUCACGUGUUUUUAUGACCAUUUUUUUGCCACGCAUAUCAAUUAUGACCAUUCCAAAUUGCACUAAACAAUGGACUUUUUACCUUUACCCUUUUGUUGUUAAAUGUAUACUAUGUUCGGACACGGGCCGUAGCUUGCCUGUCCAAAGCCAUGUAACAUACCCUAACCUUAUUUUAUUUUCCUUGUCUAGCUAGCCUAUCAAGACAAGAUGAAAAUUGUGGUAAAAAACCAAAGCUGACCAUAAGAUGUGUUGAUAAUCAAAAGGUAAAAUCUAGAUGAACUGAACUUAUUGUAUCACCUUUAAAAAUAUAAUAUAUAAAUAGGCUAAUCUUAUUUCUUCAUUAAUCAACAGCUAAAAUCUAAAUUAGAAAAUCCAACUGUUUUAUCUAAGGAAACCGUCAAACAGUUUAUCAUAAUGCAAUAAUUUAAAAGUAAAUUAACACUGAAAAGAGGAUGCAAAGAAAUGAUUCCUUAUUGCAUGUCAAAUAAGUGUUUAACAUUAUUUAAUUUAUUAUACAUACUAGAGGAAUUUUAAAUGAUAUAUUUUACCGAAGCAUGUCAAACAGUGGUCCAGAUAUACCGAAGGUAUACAUUAAAUUUAAAUACACUGAAACUCUGUUAAAUUGAUAUACCCGGUACACUGAAGUGAUUUUAAAUGCACAAAAACUGAACGCAUAUUAUAUACCCACGCUCUUAUAAAUAGACAUCUGCUGAAGAGAUAAUAAAACCUUCUCAUUAAAGACAUGUUAAAUACAAACACACACACACACCCUUUUAUCGUAUAUUAAAUGUACGUAUACUUUAUGUUGAUCACACAUUGAACGUAUGAACAUAUACUAAAUUGAUAUAAUAAUCGGUGUCAUGCUACGAAUUUACUUAUUUUUAAAAUUUAUGAUGUAUAGUCACACAAAAAAACCUAGUAGCUUAUAGAAUCUAAUAUUUAUUUUUGAAGUAAUGUAUAAAUAGAUUCUUAUUAUCAGAUAAUUUUCUUUUUUUUUAAAUCUUUGUUUUCCUUUUUGUAGCCACUACCAGAUGAUGCCAAUAAAGAGAAUGGAGGCGAAUUGUGUGAAGCCUUCGGUAACGUUACAAUAAGCUUAAUUUUUAAUGAAGCGGAAGCUAAGCAUUGAUAUACAAUGUAGAACACCUGAGAUUAGAGGAGCUAAAUAAAGCCACAUUAAAUACUUUAAAAAAAAAUAAAAAAUUCUCAAACACGUAUCCAAAAAAAACUCCCACAAAAGUUCAGAGUUGCUACAGUCAUUUGACUAUUAAAAAAAAUUGGGCUGCCCAUCAAUUCAAUGGAUUUAUUUUUUCAGCUCAAUUUGGAGAUGAGGAAUCGGGUCAAAAUUGAGAUGCAACAUUUGACUUCCUACAAUUUAACAAACGGACAGAGCAACUGAAGAAAAAAGUCACUGCAUUUUAUGGGCGUUCAAGUCGUUUUGAGUCAUAUGAUUAACAACUCUGAAAUUUGAGGGACAUUUAUUGGAUCGUUUCAGCAUACUUUAGGAAAUGUGUGUUUUGAAAUGGUUAUUUUCAUAGUGUUUCAUUUGGUAAGUUUUAGUCAAAGUGUACAAAGUUUCAUCUGCAUUGGAGAACGGGAAGUGGGUUAAUAUGGUGAUGCCAGAUUUUACCCGCAGAGUGACCUACUCUCAUGAAGGGGGUGGGGGUGGGUAAGUGAACAAAGUUUAAGCAGAAUUAAGGAUCAGGAAGUUGGUCAAAAUUGACAUUCCAGAUUUGACACGCAGGGGUCAGACGCGGGUCGAUAUCGGUUAUUGCUAGCCUUCUGAUCACGUGAGGUUGUAUUGUCACCAGUAAACAGUUAUCAUAUAAAAUUUUAAGUUUUAUAGGCUCUUUGGAACAGGAUGAAGAUUGAAUUACAAUACUUGACCCAGAAAAAAAUUCAAAGUUGCCAUUUCAUAUAAAAGCGUGUAAUAAAACGAUAUGCGUUUUGCAUAGAUUCAAAAAAAACAAAACAACAAACUUAAACAAUUAAAACAUAAGCCCUUGAAAGAAGAACUAAAGGUAAAAACAAAAAUAGUUUUCCUUAAAUCAUAAGGCCUGGCUACCUUAAUUUCUUAUUGACUUUCAGAUUAAAUAUUUAAUUUUAAAAUAGCGUGAAAACACUCUGAAAAAUUCUGGACAAAAUUGGAAGUUCUAUAUCUAUCGGUCAUUACUUUGAAGGAAAGAAUUUGCAGUGAUCGAGGUGAUCAUAAAAUUAACUAUGAUAUAAUGGGUGCAAUAUAAGUUAAGAUAUACCUUAAUUUACUUGCAGGUAGAUAGGUAGGUAAACAAAUCAUAUAAAUGUAUAUAAAUAUUUAUAUAAAUCUCUCUCUCUCUAUAUAUAUAUAUGUAUAUAUAUUUAUAUAUAUAUAUAUAUAUAAAUAUAUAUAUAUAUAUAUAUAUAUAGAGAGAGAGAGAGAGAGAAGUAAAGUGUUGCUUUAAAAAAUUAACUAAACUAUCUUUAUUUGCGAUAAGCUUUUUCAGAUUAUUACCCGCAGCUGAUAUUGGCCAAGAAUCUUAACACCAAGAAAUGCGAAAAAAAUCCGAAGCAUACAGAAUUUGUGCCAAUUAAGGAUUUUAGCCACCGCAAACUUCCACAUCCUUAUAACAAAGAUGAUAUGUUCGACAAGCUCGUCGCGGCCCUCGGUAAACUUGUGGUGAAGAUAACUUAUGAAGGAACAAGUCCAAAUCGACCAAUGGAGUACAAGAAGUUCAAAGGUAACUUUGUGGGGAGUGGAAAUAUCAUAUUUUCAAAAACAAGAGAAAGAUCACUGUUCAGCAGAUGUCCCUGUCGAGACUGUAGAAAGGAUCCAGUCGAGGAAUGGGGAGAAAUUAAAAUUAGAACGGCUGCCCACGUGGUAUGUGACGAUGACGAGGCAUCGCGUGCGGAAUGUCUCAUGUAUUACGAUUCUGAGAACUCAGAUGUGAUCAAAUUACAGGGGAUCCGAGUGAGUCAAAUGAACAGACAAUACGACACAGCUGAGAUUAUUUGUGUUACACACGACGUCAACCUGGCCUAUCAACUUAUGUACAUGAUUUAUGAUUAUAAAGAUUAUCAUACAAAACUUUACAAAAGAUACCUUACUGAGGGGGUCAACAACCUAGUUAUACUUAUAUCCCACCCUCACGGGUGUUCAAAACAUGUUACGUUUGGUAAAAAAAAACAGUGCAAAGUUCUGGAAAAGUUGCGCAGUGACAUUUAUGUGACCAAGUAUUAUUACGACAGUCACGCAUGUCCCGGGAGUAGUGGGGCUCCAGUUUAUAUGUUGAGCAAAGAGAGUAUUUGGAUAUCACCUCCUCAUAGCGUAGCCUAUGGUAAAGGGGGGCAGAGUGGUGCAGUGUGGGAGAAUUUUUAGUUUUUUGUGGAGGGCGGAUGCUACAGGAAAGCAAAGGUCAGCCACGAAGUUAUCAAGCAUGGCCACUGUCUAUAAAAAUGACUGGCAUUUUUUACAUUUUUUUUUAAUGAAGUACAUUUCAAAAGAUAAAUAUAAUUUAUAAUCCUAAUAUUUAAAAAAAAAAAAUUAAACAGCGCUCUAGACCGGCUGCUACGAAAUCAAACACUAUCAUUCUUUAAGUCAGUAUUGUCACCAAGGGAGUUCGGCUGUCUGAUACGUGACAGCUGAUGUUUGUGCUUGAGAAAUACAUAUAUUUCUUGAGGCCCCUUGUUGUAGUUAAAUAUGGCCUUGAAUAAAAUAUGUAAGUAUUUUUGUGCUGAAAAUGAAUAUGUACGUUGUAAGGAAAACACAUUUCCAAUUUUACGG